AAGCACUCCUCCGCCGAAAAGCGCCAUGUUCUUGAUGCCCAACGCGCUGGGCGUGCUGACUGGCUCGGCGUCGCCGCUAACAACGGGAUCACCCGGUCGAUGGCCUACCGCAUCGUGGAUACCGGCCGAGUCGACGACCUACCUCGAGGCGGAGCCCGCGCCGGCAGCGUGAAGGUGGCUCAGGAGGUGAAGGAGCGGGUGGAGUCGUACCUGAACGACAAUUGCACCUACACCUUGGAGACAUUGCGCAGCAUGCUCAUCGUUGACGAGGGCAUACAGCGUGGACGUGGCCGCGCCAAGAAGGGCAAGAGGGCUACCGCCGUCCUCCCGCCGUCGAAAGAUGCGAACCUGCAGGUCCAGUGCACCGUCAACUCGGAGAGGGGCGUCGUCCUGUACCGCCUGGAGAGAGGCAGCAUCAGGAUGGAACAGAAUGCGGCUUUCAUCGACGACAUCUACCGCACAGUCAAGGCGUCAGCGUUCUUCCGUGAAAACUACGAGGGCAAGAAGGUCGUGGUGGUCCUGGACAAUGCGCCUGCGCACCGACAGACGGAGGAACGCGUGGCCCCACACGACGACUUGGUGCUACUCCGUCUUGCUCCCUAUUCGCCGAUGUGCAACCCCAUCGAGGGUUGCUUCUCUGUGCUUAAGGCACGCAUCAAGGAGCACCUUGCGUUAGAUCGCGAAGCAAUCUGCGAUCGCAGUAACAUGACCGAUGUCGACGGGAACCUCGUGACUAUCAAGAAGCGCACCAUGCGCUUCCUAGAGCGCGCUGCCCACGCCAGCAUCAAGCACAUCACGCCCACGAUCGUCACGAAGAUGGAGCUUCACGCGCGCGAUGCUGUUAACGCUGCGGAGUUGAUGCAAGACAUGGUCUACUGA